GUUUGUCGAUGACGUGUAUUAUGGCAGUGAUGGCAGUAUAGUGUCCGAUGUUUUCCACGUUAAGGAAAUUUAGAAUGAACAAUAGCAAUACGAUGGAAAGAAUGACAUUAGUGUGGUUGUUAUCUGUGUUAUGCACAAUCCAGAGCAGCCAGGCCUUCUAUUUGCCAGGUCUAGCGCCUGUCAAUUACUGCAAGAAGGACGAAAGUUUAAAGUCGUGCAAAUCCGAAGUUAAGCUAUAUGUUAAUCGUUUGAACACAGAAAGAUAUGUGAUUCCAUACGAAUAUCAUCACUUUGAUUUUUGUCCAUCCGAUGAAAGUCAGAGUCCUGUUGAAAAUUUAGGACAGGUUGUUUUUGGUGAACGUAUAAGACCUUCCCCUUAUAAGAUAUCGUUCUUAGAAAAUGUACAAUGUGGUGUUGCUUGCACGAAAACAUAUAAGGGAGGAGAUGAAGAAUCGGAUGAGAAGUUAGAUUUUUUAAAGAGAGGAAUGGCACUCAACUAUCAACAUCACUGGAUAGUCGACAACAUGCCAGUUACCUGGUGUUAUCAGUUAGAGGAUGAUCGACAGUAUUGUAGUACUGGAUUUCCAAUGGGCUGCUUUUGUACAGAACCUAGAUCUCAACAAGAUACCUGCAGCAUUAAUGUUGCAUAUAAUAAACGAGACACAUACUACUUGUUUAAUCAUGUAGAUCUUGUGAUCGAAUACCAUAGUGGUGCCGAGGAGGAAUGGGGCUCUGCAUUUAAAGAAAAUGGCGGUCGAAUAAUCUCUGUUAAAGUGAUUCCUCGCAGUAUCAAGCACGGCAGUACCCCCAAUUGCGACAGUAAAGAACCUCUAGAAAUACCGCGUGAACCGCUUCGUGUUGAUUCCGUUUUACCCGUCACCUAUACGUAUUCCGUGACGUUUCACCCGAAUAGCUCGAUCAAGUGGUCGUCCAGAUGGGACUACAUUCUAGAAUCCAUGCCACACACAAAUAUUCAGUGGUUUAGUAUUCUUAAUUCAUUGAUAAUCGUUCUGUUUCUUUCUGGCAUGGUCGCUAUGAUAAUGCUUCGAACGUUGCACAAGGACAUUGCAAGAUAUAAUCAGAUAGAAUCAGGAGAAGACGCACAGGAAGAGUUUGGCUGGAAAUUGGUCCACGGUGACGUAUUUCGACCUCCUCGCAAGGGAAUGCUACUCUCUGUUUUACUUGGCUCUGGCGUACAAGUAUUUUGCAUGACACUUGUAACACUGGCGUUUGCUUGCUUGGGAUUCUUGUCCCCGGCUAACAGAGGAGCAUUAAUGACUUGUGCUAUGGUUUUGUACGUUUGCCUCGGUAUCAUUGCCGGUUACGUGUCCACCAGAAUAUAUAAGAGCUUCGGUGGGGAGAAAUGGAAAUCAAACAUAUUACUUACAUCCAUGCUGAGUCCUGGAAUUGUAUUCAGUUUAUUCUUUGUAAUGAACUUGAUUUUCUGGGCAAAUGGAAGUUCAGCCGCUGUACCAUUCAGUACUCUUAUCGCUCUUUUGGCUCUUUGGUUCGGAGUGUCGUUACCAUUGACAUUCAUCGGUGGUUAUUUUGGCUUUAGAAAAAGAUCUUUAGAGCAUCCCGUAAGGACCAAUCAGAUUCCCAGACAAAUACCAGAACAAAGUUUUUAUACACAACCAAUACCCGGUGUUAUAAUGGGAGGAGUACUACCAUUUGGGUGUAUAUUUAUACAAUUAUUCUUUAUACUUAAUUCCUUGUGGUCGAGCCAAGUAUAUUAUAUGUUUGGAUUUCUUUUCUUGGUAUUUCUUAUUCUCGUUAUCACAUGCUCAGAAACGACGAUUUUACUUUGCUAUUUCCAUCUUUGCGCGGAGGAUUACCACUGGUGGUGGCGCAGUUUCUUGACAUCGGGCUUUACCGCUUUUUAUUUAUUAGUUUACUGUAUACAUUUCUUCAUGACUAAAUUGGACAUCGAAGAUGCUACGUCUACGUUCCUCUAUUUUGGCUAUACUUGUAUUAUGGUUUUCUUAUUCUUCCUGUUGACAGGUUCAAUCGGUUUCUUCGCCUGCUUUUGGUUCGUGCGCAAAAUUUACAGCGUUGUCAAGGUCGAUUAAUGUAUCAGCGAAUGAUACUUAUUGAAAUAAAGUGAAUGUGGUAUGAGUAAGUAACAACUGAUGUGGAUGAUUGUACGAGCUCUUUUUACGCUAGAGAGUAUUACUUCAAAAAGAAGGAACCAAUAAUUUAAUCUGCGUUUCCGAAUUUUUAUCGGCACUGUUUACUCUCUCUUACAGGUUUCUAUAAAAUAUUAUGAAGCGACGAUGUGACAGGCAUUUGUACAGAAGCUUAUUCUAAUUUAUGAAUAUUCUAAAAACCUGUAAGACAAUGUAAUAUGGCAAAUGAUUAAUUUGUUAUCAUAUCGAAACAUGUGUAUAAAAAUCUCGAAUCAGGUCAUUAAUCAUUUGUUUUGUUGCCUGAGAAUGACGCGAAUUGAUCAAUGCAAUCACGGUUGAAUUAUUCUCUGAUACGAGUCUUUUUGAUAAUGUAGCAGACGUAUCGACGUUACAAAGAUACGUUUAUACAUGUUACAAACGAAUUAUGUAAUCCAGGUGUAACAUCUAAUCGAUAGAGUACUCUAUAUCGUAAGCGCGUAAUUAAAACCACCAGUCUACAAUGUAAAUAACAAAACAUUUUUUGUCGUAUAUUCAAUUUGCCAAGUAUUUCAUAAACUUCUGGAUCGUAAAUUAUAAUUGUAACGUAUAUACGCAUUUUCUACCAAGUUUAUGAUAAAGGAUCCUUUGUAGUCUAACACUUUGGUGUUAUUUUGUAAACUGAAUGUAACGUGAUAUACCGGAACAAUCAUUUACAAGCGCUAAGAAAUUCCUCUUCGAAGGUACAUUCUUUUGAGAAUAUCGAUCGCAUCAAAAAAAAAAGUGCGAUAGACCACAAAGGAUACAUUUCGUAUAGCUUAGUACAGUUUGAUUUUUUUUUCUUGUUCCGACUAAGCUUGUAGGUGUAAAAAAAUGUAUUUUCUCGCGUGAUACUUGCGAAAAAAGUAUUAAACCUUGUACAUUAUGUUACCAAGUUUUAUUUGAAACAUGGAAAAGUAUCUCUCGAAAGUAACGUCGGGAAUUUUAGUUUAAUAGCAGAAAGAUACAUAGUGUACAAACUGAUCAUUAAUUCCAAUGGCGAACUUGAAAAUUUUGGUUCUUUUUCUACCAAUAGUAGUUGUGACUGAAAUAUUUUUUAAUUAAUAGCUGACAUGCACACAUCUUGUAAUUCGUGAAUUUUGUAAAUUAAAGCAAUUACAACGUUAGCAUUAAUAAUGUUAAUAUAAAUAAAGAUCGAGUAAGUUUA